AUGCGUCAACUGUCGGGACCUCCGCUGAGAGAGCUGUUUGUUGAAAGCCCAGAAGAGAGAGCGACAUUGCUGGAAGCAGCUAAGAAAAUGCCCUCAAUCGAACUGGGGCCGGUGGAGGUGCAAUGGCUUCAGGUGUUAUCCGAAGGUUGGGCUACACCUUUGCCCGGAUUCAUGCGAGAACGUCAAUAUCUGCAAGCGCUUCAUUUUGGCCAACUUCUGGAUUUGAAGAAGAAAACUGUUUUCCCAGGAGAAAAGGACGACGGCGCCGAAGACCCAUGGCCCAUGGAUGAGCCGGUGAAUCAGAGUAUACCGAUAGUACUGCCGAUCACGGAUGAACAAAAGCAGAGCAUUACCAACGGAGACGAAGUGUCACCGUGUAUUGCGCUCACGCGCCAGGGAGUUGUACUUGCGGUACUCAACGACGGCGAAGUAUUCGCUCAUCGACGGGAAGAACGAGUUGCAAGACAGUUUGCUUUCACUGAUCCACGACAUCCAGCUGUUGAGCAGGUGCUUUCCAGUGGACCAUGGUGCUUAGGAGGUGACUUGAAGGUACUGAAACGGAUCACAUUCGAUGAUGGUCUAGAUGGCUUUAGAAAGACACCAAGUGAGCUGCGAAGGAUAUUUGAAGAGAAAGGCGCUGACGCAGUAUUUGUGUUCCAAACUUCGCAAAUCCUAUCCACAACGGCCAUGCACUUCUUAUGCGUGACACAAGAGAGAAACUACUGA